ACGUCGAAAAUUUCAAUUAUGCUGAAUUUGAUGCUAUUAAAUUUAUUGAUAAAGGUGGAUUUGGAAAUAUUUAUAAAGCGACUUUUUCAGGAAAGGAUGUUGUUUUGAAAGAUGGAAAGGAAGUAAAUUUGCAUAAUGAGAUAACACUUCUUAAAAAAGUUUGCCCCCAUCCAAAUAUCAACUCACUCCUUGGAAUUACUAAAGAUCCGAAAAACGAACGUGUUAUGAUGGUCUUAAACUAUGCAAACGAAGGCAAUUUUUUUAAUUUUCUUCAAGAAAAUUGGCUAAAUUUAUCUUGGAAAAAAAAGAUAAAAUACGCCCUUGAGAUAGCAAACGGACUCGAGCACUUACACAAGUUUGAAAUAAUACAUUGUGAUUUGCAUCCUAAAAACAUUCUCGUUGACAAUGGUGUGUUGAAGAUAACUGAUUUAGGGUGUUCAAAGAUUUUUCGUGAAAAUUCGGUAUCCAACUCAUAUCCUUGUGGAAUAAUUGCAUUUGUCGAUCCCCAAUGCUUCAUCAGCCUAAGUCAAAAAUUUAAGAGAAAUUAUAAAUCGGAUAUCUAUAGCUUUGGCAUGAUCAUGUGGUUUAUUUCUACUGGACGCAUGCCUUUUAAAGAUAUUAAUCCAUAUACCCUUAUUCAAGAAAUACUCAAAGGAUUAAGAGAAGAAGAUUUAUCUCAAAAAACACCUCCUGAAUACAUUGAAAUAUACAAGAAAUGUUGGGAUUUGGAUCCAGAAAAGCGACCUCAGCUGAUAGAAAUAAAGGAGGCGUUAGAAAAUCUUAAAAACCAGAUAGAACUAUGUUGGGAAUAUUCAUAUGAUUCCAUAGAACCAAAAGAAAAUCUCCAAAUUUCCCAAAUCAAAAUACCAUCUAAUCAUAUAUAUUCUGCCGAUUCUAUCUCGUAUGUUGUUUCUACUUCAAACUUUGAUUCAAACAUAUCCGAUUUGGUUAAAGAAUUUAGAGAUAUAAUUAUUAAGGACAAACUUGUAGGCUCACUAAAAACAAAAGAAGCGUUUCUAAAAUUUAUGAAGGACCAUGAAAAUGAGGCACCAAAAAUUUUUAAUUCAUUACAAGCAAUGCAACAUGAACAAAAAGAUCUAUUUUUAGCCAUAUCAUAUUUUCAUGGAUUUGGAGUAGAAAAAAAUGUCAAAAAGUAUUUGGAAAGCCUUGAAAAAGCAUGCUCAAAGGAUGUUGUGUUUGCAAUCUCCGAAUUAGCUACUUGUUAUUUUAAGGGUGUUGGAGUUGAAAAAAAUCUGGAAAAGGCAUUUGAACUUUAUAAAAUAUCAGUUGAACGUGGGUUCUUGGCUGAUAAAUGUUUAUUGAGCGAGUUUUAUUAUUAUGGUAUUGGUGGAGCAGAAAGAGACCCAAAACUUGCAUUACAUUUGUUAAAAAGGUCUGCUACAGUUGGGUACGUUCCUGCAAUGUAUUGGUUAGGAUAUUGUUAUCAAUAUGGAGUAGGUGUUACUCGUGAUUUUGAAAAGGCUGUCAACCUAUAUCGCGAAGUUAUUCAAAAUGGUGAUUAUAAGGAUGCAAGAAAAAAACUAGAG